AUGCCCUCUCCCGGUCCCCAGAUUCUCACCUUUGCGCUCGAGAACUGGCCUCACAACGCCGGGCCUACCACCAGGGCUAGCAAGCCCAAGGUCCGGACGGGAUGCGUCACAUGCAAACGGCGCAGGAUAAAAUGUGACGAGACCAAGCCGUCAUGUCAAAACUGCCUCAAGCGGCGGGUGGAAUGUGAGGGGUACAAACCCAAAUCGCCCAACGCCUCCUCCUCUCCUGGCGCAACCUCAAAACAACUCAUCGCAACCACCACCAGCGGAAGCUCCCCCUUCUCCACGGAGCCAAGCUACCAAAGCCUCGUCUUCACUACACAGCUCCAAAAGGACCACUUUGACCAAUGGCUCUCCUUCGCCGCAGACACCCUCGUCUUCCCCUCCCAGCUCAUCACCGAAACCAUCCCGCAAAUAGCCCGCUCAGACCUGGCCGUCCGCAACGCCGCCUUCGCCAUCGGCGCCGCCGCCCUCGGCAGCGGCACCCGCGAGGAGCGUCUCACGGGUAAGGGGCCGUACUUCGCCGACGCGCUGGAAUACUACAACCGCGCGCUACAGCUGACCGUCAAGUCCCCGCCCACGGAGGAGACCUUCCCCAGCGUCCUCAUGACGUGUCUCCUCUUUGUAAUGUUCGAGGCCCUCCACGGCGACAGGAGGUCCGCACUGACGCACCUCAACCACGGGUACAACAUCCUUGACCAGUACGAGCGGCGCCGGGCCAAGCAGAUGAAGUCCCAGAAGCAGACGCAGGCAUCCCGCCGCGAUCCCCUCGUCGACGCCAUCGCCACAAACUUUCAGCGCCUGACUCUUCAGUCAUGGAGCCACAACGGAGACCACCCAAAGGAGACGGAGAAGCAGGUCCCCUGGUGCUGCCGCGGCCAAACCUCGCGCUACGCCGUCGACGAGAUGCCCGACGCCUUCGACUCCCUCGACGAGGCGCACCGCUGGUGGGAAGUAACCCAGCACCACGUCAUCCACCACGCGCCCCUCAUCAUCGGCUUCCGCGUCGAAGGGACGGGCAAUAAAGCGCCAUCCUUCCCGCCCAACGUCAGCCUGCCCAUCAACCCGGAGCAAGUCAAGGCGCACGACCGCUACGUCGAAGCCUGGCGCUCGCGCUUCUCGCCCCUCCUCGAAGCACAAGAAGCCAAAGAGGUGAAGUGCGAUAGAGAGUACCUCAAGGCCCUGGGCCUGCGCAUCCACUCCACAUACCUCUCGAUCCCGAUCCUCACAGCAAACUACUGCGACACGGACGUACUCGCCUCCAUGACCCCGAGCUUCCGCCUCUACGUCGACCUAAGCGCAGACUUCCUCGCCCUCCAACAGCGCCUGCUCAACGCCUCGGGCGAAAUGUUCACAAUGGACAGUAACAGCCCUACCUGGCCCCUCGGCGCGGCAACGAUGCUCUGCAUGGACGAGAGCGUGCGGGCCGACGCGCUGCGGCUGUUUAGGGAGUACCCGCGGCGCGACGGGCUGUGGGAUACGCAGACGUGGCUGAGUAUGCUGGAGAGCUACAAGGAGGCGAACCAGACCAUUGUGAGACAGGUUGGCGAGCGGGAGUCGCAGCACAUGUUUGAUGUCGAGGUCGUUUAUGAGGAUAAGUCUGUGGUGUGGAUUAAGCAGGUGGAGGAUCCUACGAGCGUGAGCCCGGAUGAUUUGAAGUAUAGGAUUAAUCUCCCUUGA